UCUCCCACAAUCCUCGCUGCCACGUCUGUUUGGGCUGAGGUCGGGGUCGCUCGCUCAGGAAAUUCGUGGCUCGGGUGACAUUUCGCUCUCUCAGGGGAGAAUAUAUUCACCAUGGGAGGAUCACACAGCGUGGAGAUCCCUGGCGGUGGCAUGGAAGGAUACCACGUGCUGAGGGUACAAGAGAAUUCCCCUGGGCAACUAGCAGGAUUAGAAGCAUUCUUUGAUUUCAUUGUUGCUAUUGGAAACACAAGAUUGGAUCAAGACAAUGAUACUCUGAAAGAACUCUUAAAAAGUUCAAUUGAAAAAGAGCUAAAGAUGACUGUCUAUAGCAGCAAGACCCAAACACUUCGAACAGUGUCUAUCACCCCUUCCAACCUCUGGGGUGGACAGGGGCUACUUGGUGUGUCCAUCCGAUUUUGUUCCUUUGAGGGAGCAAAUGAGAAUGUUUGGCAUAUACUUGAAGUUGAACCAAACUCUCCAGCAGACAUUGCUGGCCUCCAGGCCUACACAGAUUAUAUCAUUGGUGCUGACUCGGUCCUGCAUGAGAGUGAGGACCUCUUCUCACUUAUUGAAGCCCAUGAAGGUCGACCACUCAAGCUCUACGUGUACAAUGUUGACACAGACGCUUGUAGGGAAGUGACUGUUACACCCGAUACUCAGUGGGGAGGAUCAGGAAGCUUGGGAUGUGGAAUUGGCUAUGGAUAUCUUCAUCGUAUUCCUACCCAGCGUAAUGCAUCCCAAACACAUCCUGCUCAAACAGAGGCCGUUUCUUCAUCAUCAGAACCAUUGUUACAGGUGGCCACUGGAAGCGGUAUAGAUACAGUUGUUUCAAGUAUAAAUGAUAUGAGUUUAUCUGAAAGCACAACGACAGCAACAUCUACAAUUCCUCCACCCACUGCCUUUACAGCAGCCCCUGAAGCUAAUCUAGCAUAUGCUACAGCUACAGCAACUGCUGCUACCACUGCUGCCAUGCCAGCUGCUACUGCUGCUGUGCCCAGUAUACCACCACCUUCACCAUUCACUCCAACUUCUAUUCCCCCACCUGCUGAGCUGCCAGCAAGUGUCACUUCUCCAGUUGUUCCAGCUCCUACACCUUAUUCUCAGGCCCCCAUUGCCACCACGUCAUAUGCCCCAGUCCAAGCACCAGUUGAAACUUUCAUCCCAAAUCCCGCAUCUGUUGCAUCUCCUCUUCAAACUCCCAUGCUGCCACCAAUGCAAGUCUCCACGGAGAUACCAAUGCAGCCAAUGAACUUCCAGCCUUCAGCCAUGCCACAGCCAAGUCCCUUGAUGAUGGGUGGUGCCCCAACUGUCCCAGUCAUGGCUCCUCCAGUGAUAGGAGGGUCUGAAGGUGCACCACCUAGUGUUGGCAUUACCGCACCGAUGUCUCUGCCCCAGCCAUCACAACCUGCUCUGAAUAUGUACUUCUCAUCACCACCUAUGGUCACCCCACCAGUUCCUCCCACUUUUGCAGCACCAUCAAUGCCAUCAAUCCCAGGAAUGCCAGUGACUACCCCAAUUAAUCUUCCUGGGAUGCCCCCAAUCACAGUAAGUGCCACAUUGCCACCAGAGUCAUUCCAAGGAAUCCCCAGCAACCCACCUGCCACUUCUCAGCCACAACCAGUUCAGUAGAUUCUGUUAACCAACCCACUUUCUAGAGUGUAAGCAGUUAUUAAAGUGAAUUAUAUUGGAAAUUUAACUGUAAGUAUGUAAUGUAGGAAGGGAAAGCAUCAUUGUAAUAAUUUAUGAAGGGAGAUAUGGAACAUAUGUAUCCAUAACACUACUGUCUCAGAUUCUAAAGCUGUAUGAAUACCUGUAGUUGUAUGCUCCAAGUUUAAAAUUGUUUACAGUGAUUGUUAUAUAUGUAAAAUCUUCAGAUCAGAAAAUCUUUUACACUGGAAAACUUGUAGCAGUCUUUAUUUAUUUACUUAAGUGAGUAAAUGUUGGUGGAUUGGAAUAGGCUAAGAUCAAGUAAAACAAGAUCUCUUUGGGAUGUAUGGGAAUUUCCUUUGCCAAAUGAAAUGAUAAGUUUCAUUAGAUAAUAUAUUCCAUAUUUUGUAUUAAUGUCUUACUUUGGAGAACCAUUUGUUAUUUAUGUUAUUGUUUUUUUUGUUGUUGUUUUUACUUCAGAAACUUUUUAUGUUGCGGUGGUCUGUUUUGAAAAUUGAGAACUGUUAGUAGUCCAUGAAGUCUUCAGCAUGUUUUUCAUCAGUAUACUUGUUUUGUCUGUAUGUUUUAUGAGCAGUGACUGUUCAACACUAAGAUGUUACCAUAAAACUGAAGCUUUUAGACUUUCAUGUAUUACAGAACUUUGCAUAGUGUGGAAGAUUUAAGUUAAAUAUGCCAUUAAAUAGUGGUGUUUCUUGGAAUUCAGCUUGAUAAAAAGGGACAGUGGAAACAGGUUGUUUUGGUGCACAUUCUUUCAACAAAAAUGCUCUGUGUGAUGUCAAGGCAUUAUGUGAGCAUUUAAAUCUUUACAGAGGGUAAUUGAUGAACAGUGUAAAAAGUGCUACCUAACUUUGAGCUUAUUUUGAACAAAGGAAAAACAUGUUGGCCUUAGCCUCUAUGGCUAGCUUUUUUUAUGUGAGACCUUUCAAAAUUAAUUCUUAAUUUUAUAUUCAUUAACAUGAACCAAAUAUUCAAAUAUUUAAAUAUUCUGAAUGUGAUCUGCUUCAAUAUUAAUGCAAGUUAUAAUGAGAUUAUGUGCAUGUUAGCUUUGUGGUGUAUGGCUCAAAAUUCUCUUACUUUCUUUUGUAAAUAUUUGUAUAAAUGAACAUACGAUUAUUGAGGUACUUGAUCUUUAAUUUUGACUUUAUAUUUGUGUGUAGUUCAGUAAACAUGCUUUACCAAUCCCUUUUUUCUUAUUAAAUCUGCAAUACCCAAGGAGUAAUUGAGGAAAUUUAUGAUGGUUACUUUUCAAAGAUGUCCUCGACUCUGUGAAAAUAAAUUUAUCUUCAUUAUAUGAAUAUAUUAUGUAAGUAUUAUUAUUUUUUCCAGUACAUGGAAUUGGAAUGAAACCCAGGUUGUAGAAAAAAAAAUCUCUUAAUAACCAAAAUGGAGUUAUCUUAAGGCUCCACUUAACCCUUUGAGGACAAGAGAUACAGUUCAUGAUUUUCUUUCUUUUGAUUAGAUGGAGGCUAAGGAAUGUAUCUAUACGGAGAGCAAAUUUAUAAAGCUUCAGUAAAUUUCAGAUUUAUUACAACUGAUUGCUUGUAAAGGUAGGAUGAGUUACUAUUAUAACUGCAUAGGUCCUACUUUUCAAUUUAUGCUAUUGAUCUAAUUAUAUGGGAAAAAAUGGAGAGAGAAUGCGGUUAUGAUUAAAACAGCAUGUAUUACAGUUCACUGACAUAGAUUACUUCACAUCAGAUAUAUAAAAAAUUGUGGGAGGUGAAAUGCCAUGUUUAGUUUUAUUACAAGGCAGCUUUCCUAUAAUACUUGAUAUUUUGUCUAUAAUGCACAGUUUGGUACAUGAACUGUUGGAAGUGAUACAAAAAUUACCUAAUUUUCAACAUAAGUGUCAAAAUUUUAAAUAUAUACAGGCAAAAAACAUGCUUGUAAAGAUGCACUGUAUGCAAACAUCUUCAUAUUCCAUGUGCAUUAUAGCAUAUGCUCAAGCCUGAAUACAUAUACACACCACUGAAUAAAGUAAUUGUAGACUUCAGAAAUGUUUUCCCAGUGGCAUUAUUAAAAGUAGGUAUUACCCUUAUUAACAAAGUUAUCAUCCGAUUCAGAAUCUGCAGGAUGCUUUAAUAGUGUAUAUGGUUCUCAUAGCUGCCACAAAUAUAUAUUACAUUUUCAGUAUAACUUUAUAGAAAAAGAAAAGCAGCAGCCAAGAUGCAUUUCCCCUAUAGAGCAGAAUUAGAAAAACAGUAGUAGCAGUGAACCGAAUACUAGACAGAGACGUCAUAAGCAAGAAAGUGUGAUUAUAGCAGACUACAUCUCCUCAAAGGGUUAAGAAGGAUAGUGGACUUUCAGUGCUAUUCAGUUGAAGAACCAAUGAUAUUUUUAUAUGUUAUCUUACCAUUUACUGACAAAUUCCAUAUCCUAUAACCUGUUUAAAAAUAACAGAUUAUUUAUUUAAAUGUUCAUUUAUUUUCUGAUAUCUUCAAGUGCCUACUAGCAUGACUCUGUAAGGGUAUUUGCAUACCUUUGAGUGGAUAUAUGUUUAUUCUUAAUUUUCUGAAGUGUUUCUCCAUUUGUUAAUUGUUUUGUCCCGAUGAAGUGCAUAAGGAAUAUUCUAAGAAAAAUAGGAAAGAAAUGGUUACUAGAAGCAAUCACCCUGCAACUCAGAACUAUGUAGCACUAUUAUGAAAAAGGCAAUUUGAAAAAGUACUUAGGUUGAGCCUCCACCUGAAAGUUUUUUUUCUUUUUUCACUAAUUUUCAUACAAAACCAUUAUAACAGAAGUUAAGGCAUACAACUCUGAUAUGGAAAAAUAGUUUAAUCUGAAUUGCAUUAACAUAUGCUUUGUGGUUAUAGAAACUUGAAAAAGAAUCAGUAGAGGUAUUACUGCCUCUGCAUUUCUGGAUGACUUAUGGGAGCUAUUUAUAAUUGUGGCUGGUAGCAUUAGUCCUCACAAAAUGCAACAUAAAAAAGUACUGGUAUAUUUCAUCUUUCAGCAAAUAUUUAGUUUGGUGUUAGAUUAGGUGUUGUAUUUGAAAAUUUCAUGCCAAUUCUUGUUGAGCUUUUGAAGUUGCUGGUUAUAUAAACGUGUGUAUAUACAGAAAGUACAGUCCGGUGUCAUAUUUUGACGAGCUUUUAAUAUGUCUGUACUCAAGCUAGAAAAAAAAAUCUUCAUAUAUUGUAGCACUCAAAUUUGAAAGUUGCACCAUUCCCUCUAGGAAAUUAAGGGUAAUUUGCCAUAAAUUCUGUUCAACUAAUAAACCAAUAUAAAUUAUAAUUAUUUUGGUGUUUUGUUACUGAUUUUAAAUUAUUUUAUGUAAAUUGAAAACUUUGUCUGGAAUCUUCUUUUAUCUUCUGUAAAGGCUUGCCUGCACAGGAGGGCUUAAUGGGCAGGCACAUCAGCAGGCAAUUGUAAAGGUGACUUCACAGGCGAGAAAAUUAAGAAACUACUUGUUUAUCAAGUAGUUUAUCCACAUGUGACGUCAUCUCUAUUCGUGAACGCCCAUGUGCCAGCUGAUUAUGCCCACCUGUGUGAACAAGCCUUCAUAGUUAAACUCCACAAUCAAUUUCUUGUUUUAUAUAUAGAUUAUACAGAAAUAAAAAUCUUGUUUAAUAUAUUGAAUAAUAUA